AUGCUUUGGGUAAUUCUGCUACAAAUAUUCCCAUUGGCUUUCGGUGGAGUGUUGGUGGGAGAGAAGAAAAAUAUCGGUGAUGAAGCGAACAGGGAAAUGUAUCAGAAUUACGCUAAAGAGGCCGUGAAGAAGUACAACGAGCAAUCGAACAGCUUAUUUACGUGGUCAUUUGUCGAAGUGUCCGAGGCGCACAAACAAUUGGUGAAUGGAGAGCAAUUCACAUUGUACAUCGUCAUCGCUCAGACUGAUUGCAAGAAAGCGAGCGCUCUACUCCAGCCGAACGAUUGCCGUCAAACGAAUCGCCACAAGAAAUGCACCGUGCAAGUGCACCGACGUAUCUGGGAAAACUAUGAGAACGUUGAGCUGCUCAACUGCGAGACUCCGUACCAUUUGAAACGCGAGGAAAAGAAACAAAAAAUCGCUUCGGACUUCCAAGCCGAUUACGUUUAUGGAAACAAGGCCAAGUUGUCGAUGGAUCAUGGGAAAAUCCACAUGGUGGCUCACAUUAAACCCGUUGAUUACUCCACGUGGAACAUGUUUGCUGAUUUUAUGGGAAAUCACGAGAAGUACUACUCAUCAAAACGGGAAACCCUGCAUCGUUUCCGCGUUUUCAAGAGAAAUCUUCAAUACGCGAAAAUGAUUCAGCGACGGGAACAUGGCACAGCCGUCUACGGAAUCACUCGUUUCUCCGAUUUGACGCGGGACGAGUUCAAACAAAUCUAUUUACCGUAUAAUUGGACGAAGCCGGUGUAUCCGAAUAAAAAGAUCGACGUGGAGGACUACGGUGUCUCGUUGGAGGAUUUGCCCGAGUCGUUGGAUUGGAGAGAAAAAGGAGCGGUGACUGGGGUGAAAGAUCAGAAAAUGUGCGGCUCAUGCUGGGCUUUUUCGACGACGGGAAACGUUGAGGGACAAUGGUUUAUCGCGAAAGGGCAACUCGUCUCAUUGAGUGAACAAGAGCUCGUCGACUGCGACACGCUCGAUCAAGGAUGUGGUGGUGGAUUGCCGAGUAAUGCUUACAAGGAAAUCAUUCGAUUGGGAGGAAUGGAGUCAGAAGAUUCGUAUCCGUAUGAUGCAAAGGGUGAAACUUGUCACAUCUUGAAGAAGGACAUUUCCGUGUACAUCAACGACUCGGUGGAAUUGCCCCACGAUGAGGUGCAAAUGCAGGCAUGGUUGGCGACGAAAGGACCGAUCAGUAUUGCUCCGGUUUUGACUUCUUUGGAAGCCAUCUCCUCAAGA